AUGGCGCCUCCAAGCAAGAGGAAAGCUUCGACAACAACCCAGUUUUGGGUCACCGAGGAGUACCGUGAAGAUAACUCCAAGGGUCCCAUGCUCCGCUUUGAGGACUCUUUGCCCAAACUACCCGUACCUUCCCUCGAGGAGACCUCAAAGCGAUAUCUCAAGAGCUUACACCCUCUACUCAGCAAAGAGGAGUAUGCCGCAUCGAAACAAGCAGUCGAAGCCUUCGGCAAGCCCGGUUCAUUGGGAGAGCAACUCCAGCAGCGUCUAGUCGCUCGCGCAAAAGACCCUCAGCACAGGAAUUGGAUCAUUGAUUGGUGGAACGAGGCUGCCUACCUUGCUUACCGCGAUCCUGUCGUGCCCUACGUUUCCUACUUCUACUCCUUCCGUGAUGACCGUCGGCGGCGGAACCCAGCGAAGCGUGCGGCUGCGAUUACUACUGCCGCACUGGAGUUCAAGCGCCAGGUAGAUACCAAGACCCUCGAGCCCGAGUAUAUGCGCAAAGCACCGAUGGCCAUGAGCUCCUAUCAGUACAUGUUCAACUGCUCCCGCGUCGCAGCCAGCCCAGCCGAUUACCCCAUUCAAUACGGCCCAGAAGGCAACGAUCACAUUAUCGCCAUCCGCAAAAACCAGUUCUGGAAAAUCCCUACCCACGUUUCCGGCAAGCAACUCAACACCACAGAACUGGAGCUACAAUUCAGCCAUGUGUACAAGAACGCCGAUCAAGCAGCUGCUAUCGGCGCCCUCACUUCGUUCCCUCGCGACCAGGGUGUUCCUGCACGCGAGCAUUUGCUAUCUGCUUCUCCCCAGAAUGCUGCUUCCUUGAAAGACAUCGAAUCCGCCUCGUUCGUUGUCUGCCUCGACAACUCGAACCCUAUUACGCUUGAAGAGCGUGCGCACGCCUAUUGGCACGGUGACGGUGCCAACCGCUGGUACGACAAGCCGUUACAGUUUAUCAUCAACGACAACGGCACUGCCGGCUUCAUGGGUGAACACUCCAUGAUGGAUGGCACGCCUACGCACCGCCUCUGUGAUACGGUCAACGCACUCAUCGUCCAUAACAAGCUCGACUUCAACAACCCCUCCGUGCGCUCCUCUCUGCCGCCCCCGACUGUCGUCCGCUUCGAAACUUCUGCCGAAGUGAUCGACGAUGUUGCGAAUGCGCAGAAGGAAUUCGCCCAAACCAUCGCUGCACACGACCUGCGUGUCCAAGCUUACCAGGGUUACGGAAAAGGCCUGAUCAAAAAGUUUAAGUGUUCGCCUGAUGCCUACGUGCAGAUGGUCAUCCAGCUUGCAUAUCACAAGAUGUACGGUAAGAACCGUCCCACGUACGAGUCCGCCGCCACCCGCAAGUAUCAGCAAGGUCGUACGGAAACGACGAGAACGGUCUCGGACGAGAGUGUGGCAUUCUGCGACGCCAUGGCGAACCCCGAAAUAGAACGAGAAGAGUGCGAGAAGCUGUUCCGCGCCGCCGUGCAAGCCCAUGUCAAAUACACACAAGACGCCAGUGACGGCUACGGCGUCGACCGACAUUUAUUUGGCCUGAAGAAGUGCUUGAAGGACGGUGAGGAGGUCCCCGAAAUCUUCAAAGACCCUGCCUACUCUUACAGCCAGACCUGGUACGUCAGCUCGAGCCAGUUGUCCUCCGAGUACUUCAACGGCUAUGGCUGGAGUCAGGUCAUCGAUGGUGGGUGGGGCAUCGCCUAUAUGAUCAAUGAGAACAGCCUCCAAUUCAACGUCGUCAGCAAACAACUAGGCUGCGAACGUAUGAGCUUCUUCUUAAACGAGGCUGCCGGCGACGUGCGGGACAUGUUGAUGCCGACACUGCUGAGCCAGCCGGAGAAGGCCAAGCUGUAA